AUGAUGCGACUCCAGCUCCUGCGAUAUUGCGACGCUGCCGAUCGCCCUCUGCACAAGCUGCUGCGUCAGUUUCCGACAAGAACGACGCGUCGCUUCCUAUAUGCUGCUGGCUGCCUUCUGCCUUGGGAUUCUUGUCAACUCUCGCUCUCUGCCAAUAGGCUCAGCGGCCAGGGAAAGGGAGCUGGCUGGUCUUGGGUGCCAACGACGCUCAAGCGGGGCUCAACUCGAAAUCAAUCCACCCAGGAAACGUCUCUCUGCCACGUCUGUCCUUGGUGCUUUGUCUGACGACUUGCUGCUCGUCAAUUCAUGUGCUCUACAGAGUCUUGAUUACUUAUCCACCUCUGCAGUCCAUUGCCAGCAGGCCAUCGUGAACAGUCAAGCCAUGUCUAAUGAAGCUCCCUGUCUUCCCGUGAAAUGACGCACUCAUUCCACCUCGAUAACUACCUUAGGUACCUACCUUGCCUUUUUACCUACGUCUACUUCUCCUACCAUCCUUGUGAUAUUCGUUAGCUCCAGAUCGAUUGGACCAUGAAUUGGUCUCGCGCUGGAGCUUUGGAAUAAAUACAUUCUUUAUACGUUCUU